UCUCAGAACGGGCGAAUAUAUUGAGAAUUGCUGCUGCAUUGCUGUAACGUUUCUUUUAGGUGAGUCAUUUGAGGGUGUGUGAAACAUUAGAUGGUGUCAUCAGCUAAAUGAUCAUAAUGAUAAUGUUAUCGCUAGUCAAACAACUUGCUCCAGAUAUGCUACCAAUGUUUUGCCGCUGUUCAACGAUCGCUUAUCACGAUUUGAAUUGAACUGAAAAUGACAUGCGUAACGAUGGAAAGCAUCAAUGAUUGAGUGCCCAAAAUUUGGUUGCAGGAGUGCAAAUCGCUAUGAUAAUUUAUGGUGAACGCAACCGUAACGGAAGGAAGAAACACUCAUUAGCGUAUCGUCCACCAGGUAGAAUGGGACGCUGGCUGGGUGUGGUGCUGUUCCGAGCAGCGUUACUCUGCAUCUGUGCAGCCUCUCUGCAAGCUCAUCGUGACAAGCGGAUGGUUUCCGGUACGGAUGUGGAACAGUCGGAAGUGCCGUAUCAAGUAUCGUUUCGAUUUAUCGACCCGGAUCGUCAUUUGGGCAGUGGUGCCAUCCUGAACGUUCGAUACGUCAUAACGCAGGCGUCGUUCAUAUGGAAGUUGAUGCGUACCUAUCCGGAGCAACCGCUCCCCACCAUAGCACGGAUUCGUCUGGGACAAGCGGAUCUCCUAUCGAAGUCGGACGAUCAGUUGCGUUCCAUCUACGCGUACACGUUUCAUCCUGAGUUUGAUUUUGAGGCUGCCCGCAACGAUGUGGCUCUAGUGCGUACGGUGGAGUAUAUUGAGUUUAACAGCUUCGUACAACCGAUUGCACUACGCAAAGGACCGAUUCCGGAGGGUAGUGUUGUGAUGUACACGGAUUGGGGUGCCGAAAAGGAUACUGCGGCUCAGGAUGAUUACAAAGCGAAGCUACAAAAGCUAGAAGCGCGUGCCAUAUCGAAUGAUCAGUGUAAAGAGCUGCUGAACCCUUGGGAUUUGCAGGACUUGGUGUACGACACGAGGGUGUGCAUCUACACCAACGGAACAGGAAGCAUCUGCACGGGUAAUGUUGGAGGUCCACUGGUCAUAGUCGAAGGAGGACAACCGCAACUCGUCGGUGUUAUGUCGUACGUGUACCGAGCAUGUAACGCGUACGUGCCGGCUGGAUUCGAACGGCUUUGGAAUCACUACGAAUGGAUCGCAAAGACGGCAACGAUUGACUAUAGUUUUGUGAAUUUCGGCGAAAUGUGUCGUGCGGUACGGAGCGUGGCAGCACAACUGUUGGUGCAGAACAAAGAAGCCGUGCGACGACGAAGGGCUUUGAACAAUUCCAUCCUAUAAGAUGCGAUAAGUUGUAAGUUUUUGCACCUUCUUCACGCAUGCGGACGAAAGAUGCGUCUUUCUAUCGUGUCCUCGGUUCUUUGCUCCUUCAGUUCUCUUCUACUAAUAAAAUGAGCACGACAAAUGGUCAAAUAAGGCCAUUUGUUGGAUUUUUUUUUAGCUACAUUUUCA